AUACUUACAUGCUAAAUUGCCUACGAUAUUAGUUUCCGCUUUUCCGUCAGGUAAACCCUUCGUCUAUCUGAGCUCCCUCCAUCGUCGCCGUCGCCGGCGUCGUACUCUGCGUCGAUGUCCGGACAACUCCAGGGCGGGUCGCCGUCCAACCACUCCCUCGCCUUCCGCGUCAUGCGACUCUGCCGUCCCUCCUUCCAGGCCGAGGAAGCCGUCCUCCGCCUCCUCGAUCCCCUAGACCUCCUAGCCGCCGAGGACAUCCUCGUAGAUCCCAGCCUCCCGCCCGACGAUCUUCUCCGGAUCUCCGACCCUUCCACCCCGGACGCCGUUGCCAAUAGCGACUUCACAUUCCGGGAUCGAUUCCAGAUCCGUAACCCUGUCGACGCCAUGGCCCUCUCCGGCCUCCUUAUCGUCCCUCAAUCAUUCGGAAAUAUUUAUUUGGGCGAGACGUUCUCGAGCUACAUCAGCGUCAAUAACAGCUCUAAAUUCGAAGCACGGGACGUGAUCAUUAAGGCAGAAAUUCAAACGGAAAGGCAAAGGAUUCUGCUUUUGGAUACGUCUAAAUCACCUGUUGAAUCAAUACGUUCUGGUGGCAGAUAUGAUUUCAUUGUAGAGCAUGAUGUUAAAGAAUUGGGGCCUCACACGCUUGUUUGUACUGCUCUGUACAAUGAUGGUGACAGCGAGCGUAAAUAUCUUCCUCAGUUUUUUAAAUUUAUUGUUAACAAUCCACUUUCAGUUAGAACAAAGGUUCGCACAGUCAAGGAUAAUACAUAUUUGGAGGCAUGCAUAGAGAAUCACACAAAGUCAAAUCUUUACAUGGAUCAAGUUGAAUUUGAACCUUCACAACAAUGGACUGCAACAAGGUUGGAAACUAGUGAAUAUUCUGCCGAAGCUAACUCUGAGACAAGAGGAUUACUUAAGCCACCUGUUCUAAUCAGAGCUGGAGGUGGAAUAUACAACUAUCUUUAUGUAAUAAAGUCCACAAUUGAAGAAUUUGGACAAUCGAAGGUUGAUGGAAGCAGUAUUCUUGGUAAAUUUCAAAUAACAUGGCGAAUGAACUUGGGUGAACCUGGUCGACUCCAGACUCAGCAAAUCUAUGGCACUCCUAUUACUCAGAAGGACAUUGAGUUGCAGAUGCUUGAUAUUCCGCCCAUUAUCAUUUUGGAGAGACCAUUUCAGGUUCAUCUAUCUAUCACAAAUCAGACAGAUAGAACUCUGGGCCCAUUUGAAGUUUUUACAUCUCCAGGCAUUUCUAAUGAUGAAAAGUUUGUCAUGGUUAAUGGAAUCCAAAAGUUGGUGCUUCCGCCAUUAGAAGCUUCCAAUUCAAACAUCUUCGACUUGAACUUGAUCGCUACUGGAUUGGGUGUCCAGAAAAUUUCUGGAAUUACAAUAUUUGAUGUUCGAGAGAAGAAACUGUAUGAUCCAUUGCCUGACGUGGAGAUCUUUGUUGAUACGACGACGACGACUUGAGACAUUUUUUUUCUCAUGAUUACUCGUGAAAAAGCAACACAUUGCAGUUUGAUCGAGAGUUGUAUCUUUGUUGCAUGAAGGAUAAAUUUUUGCAACAGAACUUAAAAAGUUUGUCUGAAUAUUCGCUUCACGUGAAAAUGUAAUUUAAAGCUUGAUUAUAGUAUUUACUUUUCAAUUUAUCGUUA